AUGAUUCAAAAACUUCUUUCAGACAUAUUAAACAAAAUUUUGGGGAAUUUUAUUUAUGGAUUAAAUGAUGAACAGUUUAGCCUAAGUGAUUUAUUAAGUGGAAAAUUAGAACUAACAAAUGUUCAUUUUAAGCAAUCUAUCAUUGAUUUACUUGAUAUCCCAUGUAGGUUAAAUUUUGGAUGCGUUGGAUAUUUUAAAAUAAAUUUACCCAUUUUUUAUUUUAUGAAAAAUCCAAUAAAUGUAUAUAUAGAAGAUGUAAUUAUAGUAUUGUCUACAAUUCCUUCUAAAUAUUGGGAUGAUAAAUUAUUUAAAGAAAAAUAUAUUGAAAACAAAAAAAAUUUAUUAUUAUCUUCUGAAUACAGAGCAAUUGUAUGCUCUAUGGAAGGCGGGGUUAUAUGGCAAAUGAUUUUAUCGUUAAUCAAUAAUAUAAACAUAUCUAUUAAAAAUUUGCAUAUCAGAAUAGAAGAUAUUACUAGCAAUCCUUCUAAUUGUUUUUCUUUCGGAAUAAACAUAGAAGAAUUAUUUCUAAAUUUACCUAAAGAGGGACUUCCUUUUAAAAGAGAUGGAUACUAUACAAAAAAAAAUGAAUUGGUUAAUAAUACUAUGAUCAAUAUGAUCACUGUUAAGAAAUUAGGUUUUUAUAUGGAUUAUUUAAAUAUGAAAAAAAUUAUGAAUAAAAAAUAUUACUCCCAAUGGAAUGAUAUAUUCAUGGGAAGCCUUAAUAAUUCAUAUUAUGAAGAAAAAGGAUUUCCAAGAAAAAGAAAAAAUAGAAGGAAUGAAAAAAAUUUAGAUCUUAAGAGUAAAAAAAAUAUUAAAAGCAAUGAAGAAAAUUUAAAAGAUUUUCAAGACAUUAUUAAAAAUAUAAAAGAUGGUUUCUCUGGUCCCCAUAUAAGUGAAAUAGAAAAUACAAAAGAAAAUAAAAUAAAUCAAAAGAUUUUAGAAUUAAAUGAAAAAAUUCUUAAAAUAAAUCAUAAUAAUAAAAAUGAUAAAACUAUUCAAAAUAAUGAAAAUAAUAUAAAAAAAAGUAAUAACAAUAAAAAUAAUGCAAAGAAUGUAAACUUACCCCAUUCUAAAGGUAACUUUUAUAACUUUUAUCUCUUUUCUAAAAAAGAAGACAAAUCCAUGCCAAUACUUCAAGACUUAAAUAUUGAUAAUGAUAUUAGUUGGAUUUCCUGUAUUAAUAAAUUUUCUGAUUCAUUAGAAAAUAAGUUAAUUAAAGAAAAAAAAGAAUUAUGGAGGAAAAAAAAGAAAAAUAGAGUUAAUAAUAAUAAUGAUAAUAGUAAAAAAGUAUUUAAUGAAAAAAACGUUAAUUUUCAAAAUAAAGGUAAAAAUUACAUAAACAAAGCAGUCUCCUUCUUUUCUAUAAAUUCCUUUUCAAAUAUACUAAAUAAAAAUUUCUUAAAAAGAAAUAAGAAUAAUCAUGGCAAUAAUGAAGCAAAUAAUAUCAAUGAAAAUAAUAUAAAUGAAGACUAUUUUACUACUAGAGAAAGUGCAUCUGAUUUGGAUUUUAAUAGUGAUCAUCAUAUAAGUAAAAAUAAAAACAAAAAAAAAAAAAUCAAAAAAUAUAUACAUUUAAAAAAUAAAACAAAAGAUGGAGAAAUGUAUUAUGAUGUUAUCGACGAUUAUAAAAAUUUAAAUAGGAAUUGUUAUAAUAAUUAUUUCCUAAGAAAAAAUGAUCAGAUUUAUUUAAAUUUUGUUAAUGAUAAUAAAAAUAAGAAAAAGGAAGAAAAAGGAAACAUUAAUGUAGUAAAUUACUACGAAAACUAUCUAGAUUUAGAAGACAAAAAAAAAGAAAAAAUUAUAGAAGAUAAUAGAAUUUCGAAAUAUAUAAAAAGAAAUGAAAUAAAAGAAAAAAUAAGAAAAAAAAAAAGGAAAAAAAUUGAUUCUGUUUAUUUAAUGUACGAGAAAACAUAUAAAAUAAACAAAACAAAAUUAAAUUCCUUUUUUUUAUUCUUACAACUUAUCAAAAACAUAAAACAUGAAUACAUUAUCAAUCCAAAUUUUUUUGAGGGUUAUGGAGAAAUUUACUUAAGUUUAAUUCCAACUGACCAUGGAGAACUUCCAUUUUCUCGGUGUUUUUCAAGUUGGGGUAUUGAAAAAAGAAGCCAAAAAGAAUUUGAAGAAUGCUUACCUAAAUUAAGUGUAUAUAUUACAUUAAAAAAUAUAAAAAUAAUUUUUUCUGACAAACAAAUGUUCAAUUUUGUUAAAUGGCUAAAUUUGAACUUUUUUACUUAUUCUAUUUGGAAGGCAGGAAUACUGUCACAAUUUGAGAAGUCUAAGGCAAGUAAUGAAGAAGAAAUUACUUAUAUAAGGAAAUGGUUGUUAAAAUUAUUAGAUACGCAUAAUUCAAAGGAAGAAAAAAUGGAUGCAGAACAAUAUUGCGAAGAAUUUGAAAAUAAUCAUUCUAUACAUGUAAUUAAUUUAUUAAGAAAUAAAGCUUUCUGUAAGUUACAAGAAUUGAAAAAAGAAGUAGAAUUAAAGAAAAAUGACAAUACUACUAAUCAAAAAGAAAGUAAAAAUGUGAAGAAUAGUAAAAAAGAUAAUGAGCUUAAACAUGUCGCAAAUGAAAGUAUCAAUUUUUUAAAAAAUUUAAUGAAAAAUCAAAAAACGUAUAAUAAAAUAAAAAAUUCAUUCAGAGAAAAAAUUUUUACUAUAGAUCUAUGUGUUGAUAUUUGUAUAACAAACAGUGCGUUCUUAUUAACAGUAGAAACAUAUAAUACUAUAAAUAAUAGAAAAAUUAGUUUUGUUAAAACUUAUGCUCUUUUAAUGCAGUGCUUACAUUACCAUAAUCAAAUAUCCAAUACGUAUGAACUAAAAAAUUCUAUAGAUAUAGAAUUGUAUCCACUAACUUUACUUCUUGUAACAAAUAAUUUAGAAAACAAAUAUAUAAAACCAGAAAUAAAUGUAUUAUAUAUAUUAACAAAGGCAGACAAAAAAAAUUAUUAUGAAAAUAAUCACAAAAAUUUUCUCUUUAAAGGAGCAAAUUUUGAAAUUUUUAAGAAAUAUAAAUUAUUAAAAAAAAACUAUUUUAAUAGAAAACCGAGAGAUGAAAAUGAAGCAUUAAAUUUUGGUAAUUUGAGAGAAAAGUUGAAAUUUUUAGCAGAAGAAAAUUUUUUUUUUUCAAAAAAGCAAAAUAAUAUAUAUUAUAAUGAAUUAAAUGAUAUUAUGUUUUAUGAUCCUUCUUUAUACUUAAGAUAUGAUAAUCAGUCAUAUACAAUAUUGGAAAAGCCAGAUCACAGAUUAUUUUUACAUAACUGUGCCUAUUCUAUAUUAAAUAUAAAUACGGAAAUUGUAAAUUCCUUUAUUGAUGAUUACUUUCAUUUUACUGAUAGAAGAGCAGUUUUGUCAAAGAAGAAGGAGAAAAAAUUUUCAUUUAAGAAAAAAGAAUAUUUUUUAGAAUUAGGUGCCAAAUAUUGCAAUGACAUUUUAGACAAUUAUACGAGGCAUACUAAUGUUUUUUUAGAUAUAGAAUUAGAAAAAAUUUUAUCAGUUAUUAUUACGAAAUCAGGAAAAAGCACAGAAAUUCAAGGAUAUAGUUUAAAUCUUAAUCCCGUUAAAAUCGUGAGUGAAUUAUCAACAAGAUUAAAAUAUUAUGAAGGAUAUCCAAAAAGUAGUCUUUAUGAUUCAUUUUUUGUUCAUUUUGAUGGUAUUAAAAUAAAAAGAAUACUCAAUUGGCCUCAAGCCGCAAAAAAUUAUAAUACUUAUUUAGAUGAUAACUUUAUUAAACCUUAUCACAUUCUAUUUUUUUCUCAAAAUAAAAAUUUUUUUUUAAAUAAAAGUAGAACACCAGAAAAGUUUUCAUUUAAUUUAAAUGAUAGAAAAAAUAAUGAAAUUAAAGAAAAAAGAGAUAAUAUUAGAAAUAAUAAUAAUAAUAUUAUUUCAAAUAAUAGUAGUAAUAACAGUCUUAAUAACAAUAAUGAUGAAAAUAAAUCUGAAAUAUUUAAUCUGAUAACGAAUAAAAAAAAUUCUUACAGUAGACAUUCUUUGUCUGCAUAUAACACAAAAAGGAAACGAUACAUUAAAAGAUCGUCAAGCUGCCCUUGUAGUAAUUUUGGUAACUUGGAUUUAUCCAGAAAUCUUAUAAAAGAUAAAUACAAUGAAAAAAAUAUAUAUAAUAUAAGUAAAAAUAAUACUCAAAUGAGUUCAACAUAUAAUAAAUGUAAUUUAUUUUUUUUUAAAACAUGUGAAAACUCACUUCAAGAAAGUGAAGAAGUUGUAAAAAGUGAUUAUUUUUAUAAAAAAUAUAAAAAUAAUUGGAAAACUAUGACUGAUAUUUAUGGCACCAAUGAUUUUGUUUAUAAAAAUAAGAAAAAAAGCAUUAAUAAUUCUAAUUAUGUUUUUGCAAUGAGUGAAAAAACAUGGUGUUCUAUUGAAUUGUGUCACAUAAAAUUUAAUCCUAUUUACCCUAUGUUUAUUAUUAAAUUAAAUGAAGAAGAUUUAUAUGUUAAUAUAUGUGAUUAUGAUGUCGAAUUUUUUUAUUUAAUAUUUGCAGAUAUUUAUGAGCAUUAUAAACUACAAGAAUUAACAAAUAAAAAAAAAAAUAUUUUAUUUUUAAAAAAUAAAAUAAAGUCUCUAUCCAAAUUGAAUAACAAAUAUUAUAAAUCAUAUAUUGUUGAUAAUAAAACCAUGUGUCUUAAUAGAUAUAAUUUGUCUAUUUUAAAAAAAAAAACCUCUUGUAAGAAAAAAGUUACAAAUGAAAAAAGUAACAAUAAAAAAGGGAAAAUAAGAAAUUUAAAAAAAAAAUCUAAACAUGAAAAGUGUAUUGAAGAUAAGAAGACAAAUUUAAAGAAUAAUAAUCUUAUAGAAGAGGGAGGAGAAAAAAAAAAUAAGUUAACAAAGGAAAGUUCGAAAUGCUCUAAUUUAGAACAAAAUAAGGAAUCUGAGAUAACCAACGGCAUAAGAAGUGUAGUAAAAAAAGAGGAUUAUAUAAAGAAAUCUCACGAAAGAAGGAAAAAAAUGAUUAUUAGUUAUGUAAGUGAUAGUAACAUUAUAGUAAAUAAAACAAAGUUGUCUAUUUCAAAAUGUAAAAAUAACUCCAUUAUGAAUAAUUCUACGAAACAAUUUGAUGAACACAAUAAACAUAACGUUAGUACAGUAAAUAAUACUGAUAUUUUUGUUGAUUAUGUUGAAAAUAAAACAAAAGAAGGAAAAUAUUAUAACUCAAUAAAGAAAAAUAAAAAGGAGAAAGAUAUAAAUAAUGAUAAUUUUCAUAAUUUUAGUGAUGAAGAAAAAGGCUCAUUAAAUCCAAAUAAUAGAAAUAUUAUGAAUCUAAAUGAGUUUUCUGAUUCUCAUUUGUUAAAUAAUAGAAAAGUACUCAUAAAAGAAGAAAAUUAUUACUCCAAGUCCACAUCAACUCUUAGUUAUUAUAUUAAUAAUUCUUGCGAAAAUGAUAAAAAAAAAAAAGCAGGUAAAAAGAAAAAAAAAAAAAGAAAAAAAAAAAAAGAAAAAAUGACAAAAAUAUAUGAAAACAUAUCAUCAGAUGAUUCAUGGGUUGAUUUAUUGGAAAAUUAUGAGAGUGAUGAAUCAUUAGAUGAUUUUGAAAAGAAAAAAGUUAAAAACAUGUUAAUUGAUAUUGAAAAUAUUAAGAAGAGAUUGUCUAAUAAUAAUUUUACUAUAACGUGUAGUUUUUCUUUUUCUAUUAAAAAAAUAUUUAUACGAUUAUGGAAAAGGAGAAGCCCUAUGAAGCAAAAAAAAAAAUCGACUGAUUUGAAAAAUUUCAGUAGCUUUCAAUUAAUAGAAAAUUUUUCAAAUUCAGAAAAAAAAAAUAAAGUUUAUGACAAUAAAACAAAAUUAAAUAAUGAAUUUUAUGAAUAUAAAAUAGAUGAUGAAAAUUGCUAUAAUUUAGCAGGUAUAUUAAAAGAGCAUGAAAUGGAUAUUUUGAAUAAUAACAAAAAAAAUAAUACUCUAGAAGAGAAUGAAGAUAACUUUUUCUAUAAUAAAAAUUUUAUUACUUUAAAUGAAAAUUUACAAAAAAAUAUGUUUAAUAAUAUGCAAAAUGCCUUUCCAUUAUAUACUUUAAUUUUUUCUAACAUUUUUUUCGUUGCUAAAGUUGAAAAAAAUAGCUGUGCUUAUGUUUUAUAUUCUAUAGAUAAUAUAGAUAUAAGAGAUGAAACAAAUAUUACAUUAUUAAGUAUGAGUUCUAUAUAUCAUAGUGAUUUGAAAGCAAUGACGAAAAGCACAUUUUCAAAUUAUGAAAAGUUAAGAAAUAUAGCAAAAUUAGAUAUUACAUGUAACAAAGAAAACAAAAAGGAAAUAAAAUCAAAGAAGGAAUAUAAAAUGAUGGAAACAAAAGAUGCAUUUUUAAAUAAUUGUGUGUAUAAAAUUGAUUUACCAGAUCUUGAAAAGACACAUCUUGUUUUAAUAUAUUUUGGUUUCCUAUUUAAAAAUAAUCAUACUUUUAAAUUUAUCUUAAAUAAAACCAAAAUAAAAAUUUUUUGGGAAGUGAUAGACGAACUUGCCGUAUGGAUUUUAAAUAUAAAUGAUCUUUUGCCAAAAAUGCACAUAAUUGAAGAAGAAAUAAUACGCAAUUUAGAUGAAAGUGAAAAUAAACAUAUAGAUUACUUGCAAAAAAUUCAAAAAAUAAAUUAUGAUAUUUUAAAUAUUAAAGCAAAGAAUUAUUCCUAUUCUUCAAUAGAAGGAUACAUAAUACCUUAUAACAUUUUAAUAAAUUCCUAUAAUUCAAAAUAUGAAGCAUACAGUAUUGAUAAUAAUGAAUAUGAUAACAAAGAAAAUUUAAGAUAUUAUAACUAUGAAGAAGAGGAAAAUGAAGAAUUUUAUAUUAUGACUGAUGAUAAAUUAUAUAAUAAUAAUAGAAAUGUUAUAUUCAUGAGUAAUAAAACAGAUGUAAAUAAUACCAUAAAGGAAAUAUUAUUUCAUGAAAAUUAUUUUUUUAACUAUAAUUUUAACAAAAUAAAUAAAAAAAAAAAUAUUGCUAGUAUUUUAAGUGGAACUAACCUAAAAGAUAUUAAUGACGAUAAUAUAAAUAGAUACAAAGAAAAAAAAACUUUUAUGAAAUCAGAUAGACCCCUUUUGCAUGAUUCUUCUAUUAAUCCACAAAAGGACGUAUUUAUAAAAAAGCAACAAUUUUUUGAAAUAUAUGAUAGCAAAAUAGAGAAAAAGGAAUCAUAUGAUGAUUUAAUGGACGAACAAAACUGCUCUGAUUGCUGCCAUUUAAUGAAUUUAAAUUACACAUCUUACACAAAAGAAUUAUGUAAAGCAAAUGAUUAUCCAUAUAUACAUAUAGAUGUUGAAAUUAAUUACUUUGAAAUUUGGGUAUCAUUAGAUCCAAUUAGAAUACCACAAAAAAAAAAUAGUUAUAUAAUAAAUAAUAUAAAUAAACAUUAUCUUAGUGGGAAAAAAAAAAAAAAAAUUAAAAGUAGAAGUUCAGAAGCAAAAGAGAAAAGUACAAUUAGGAACAAGAAAACAAAGGGGAAUAAAUAUAUUAAAGAAAAAAAUUCAUAUAAUUAUAAAAAUAAAGUAGAACAUGAAGAAGAAAAAAAUAAAAAAAAAGGUUUUCGUGAAAAAAUAAAUUAUUAUAAAAAUAUAAAUAUAGAGAAACCCUAUGUUUUAGCUACAAAAGGUUGCUUAAAGUCUGUUAUUUUUUUCUUAUUAUAUGAUAGAAAAAUACAGAAAAAUGAUGAAAUAAAUAAUGAUAAUAAAGAUGAAGAAAAUAAAAAUGAUUUAGGAAAAUUAACAAGUGUAGCAACUAGUAUCAAAUCAAAUAAUUCUCUUGAAAAAAAUGAUAAAAAAAUUAUACUAAAAAAUAAAUUAAUAGAAUCAUUAAAUUAUUCCAACUUAAAUCAUGUUUUAGAUGUUGAAGAUGUUUUAAAAAGUAAAUUUAUGUAUUGGCUUAAUUAUAUAUCUUCAUUUGUUCCUUGUAUCAUAGAUAUGAAAAUAUUUCUUUCUCAAAUGACUAGUGCUAUCAGUAAACCAGUAACAAAAAAUUCUUUUCUAAAAGCAUAUAUUGAUUGGAAUAAUGUUCCUUAUAAUAAUAUCCUUUUACAACCAUGUAGACUAAAUUUCAAUUUUGAAAUCAAAUUACCAAGUUCUGAGACAUUAUUGGAAAGAUUUUUAGGCAUUAACCUAGUAACAAGCCUAAAAUUUUUAAAAAAAAAUAAUUUAAUAUGUCGAAAUGAAGUCGAAGGAAUAGAUAUAAAUUUUUGUUAUGAACCUAUAGUGCUUAACGUGGAUUCCAAUACAUUAACCUUAUUAAAUCAGUUAUAUAAUAUUAUAUGUGAUUCUUAUAACUAUUUCACACAAUUAUAUUCAACAAAAAAUAAGGAGGAAAAAGAUCUUUAUAUGGUUAAUUCAUAUAAUGAUCCAUUUUAUGAUACUUUGGCUGAUUUAAUGCUAGAGGAUAAUUUUUAUUUUGAUGUUAAUGAGACAUCAUCAUGUAUCCAUUUAAGUGAUAAUUCGUUACACAAUUUAGAAUUAAUUUCUAAUAAAAGCGAUUUAGAAAAUAAUUUGUUCUUAAAAAAUCCAGAAAAAGACUUUACUUCAAAUAAUAAUAAGGAUCUUGAUAAAUUAUAUAUCAGCUUUUAUUUAAAUAGUGAUAAGGCAAAUGCAAAAAAUUUAAGUAAAAUAAACUUAAAAGAAAAAGAAGAGAUAAAUAAAAAAGAAGAUGAAAAUGAAAAAAAUAAAAAGGAAAUGGAAAAAGAAGAAGAAAAUGAGGCUAAUAAACAAAUUUUAUGUACAAAUAAAUCUGAAGAUUGCAUUAAGGAGGAAGAAAAUAAUUUCUUAAGUAGUAAUUCUGAUAAAAAAGUGAAAAAUGAAAAAUUUAUAUUAGAUCAUAAUUUGCUUAGUAUGCUAAUUGUAAAUUUCAUAGAAAAUGUAAAGAUAAAUUUUAAUGUAAAUUUUGAUGUGAUAAUUUUUCAAAUAUGGGAUUCCAAUACAGCCUACAAUAGAUGCUCUUUAAAUUUUGUUAUAGAAUAUUUCUGUAUUAAUUUUUAUACUUUAAAUAUAUAUGAAAUAAAUUUACACAAUUCUAAUAUGAAAUUAUUUAAUUUAAAAAAGAAUUCUUCGUUUCAAAGCAAAAAUACUAAUUUUUAUUUAAAUGAUGAAAUUUCAAAUAAUAAAGAAUUUACUAUGAAUUAUAAAAAAGGCGAUAACUCUAAAAAAAACACAAAAACUUAUUUAUUGAAAAAACAGCAUCUUGAUGGUGAGACAAAUGAUAAUCAAAAAUUAAGGGACUAUAAUGAGGAUUCUGCAUUUAAUUCAUGUAAAUCUAAUAUUACUUAUUCAAAUAAAAAUAAUAAAAAAAAUAAAAAAAAUAUAUAUAUAUAUAGUAAAACUGCAGGAGUUCCCAAUAAAAAUACCCCCGCAAAACAUUAUGAUAAAAAAAAAAAUUUGACAAUGAUUAAAAAUUCCAAUAAAAUUAAUAUACGAAAAGAUAGUGAAAUAAAUGAUAAACAUGUAUAUAAUAUAAGAAAUAUUGAUAAUGAUUUAGAUGAUUAUUGCAUCUCCAAAUGUGAAGAAUUAAAUACAUUUAAAAAAAAAACUAAUAAAGUUAAGGAGGGUAAAGGAAUAUGGAAAUUAUUUAAUAAGGAAAAUUUUUUUAAAAACAUAGAGCAAUUUAAAAUAGAAAUAAUAAAAAUUUUUAAAAAAAUUUUUUGUAGAAAAAAAAAUGAUGGUGAUUCAGAAUUGAGUGAAGUAGAGGAAAAAAAUAGCAUAAAAAUAAAAAACAAGAAAUAUAAAAACUCUAACAAAAUUUUCUUAAAAAACGAAUCUAUGUAUAAUAAUAUUAAAAAUUAUAAUGAGAACAAAAAAAACAAGGAUGUCGAAUGCAAGAUAGAAUUUUUAAUAUACUGUCAAAAUUUUAAUAAAAAAGAAAACUCUUAUCAAACAUUUAUUGAACCUUUAUGUAUAGAAAUUAUUGCAAUUAAAAAAAAAUUAAGUUCUCCAGUUCAUUUAUAUUAUUAUUUUUCGUGGUUAAAUAUUAACUUGAAUUUUAAUUUCUUAGAUAAUCUUUUAUCAUUAUGCUGUAGCGUUAUUUUUUCUAUGAUAACUCAAAGAACACGAUUAUUACUUGGAAGACAUAUUAAUGAUAUGGACAAAAAAAAAAAUUAUAAAAAAAUUAAUGAAACAAACAAAAAUGAUAAAACUGAUGAUAUUUCGUCUAAACAUCCAAAUACAAAUAAUAAUACAAUUUAUCAGACUGAGUAUGACGAAACCAAUACAGAAAAAAAAAAUGUAAGUGAAGUAGACGAUGCACUUACUUCAAUGUAUUUACCAAAUUGUUAUGGAGCAUUUAAUGAUGAACAAUAUAAGGAUUUAGUUCUUAUGACUAAUGAAAAUUUGCUUUUCAGAUAUAAUAAGCUUGAUGUUUUAGGUAUUGUAAAUAGAUCAUUAGAUACAUACAUAUUUGGUGAAUUGAUUCUAGAAAAGUUAUUAAGAAAUUACCAGUAUUCUUGUCAAUAUCCAGGUGAUUAUUUGACCAAAUAUGAAAAUGAAUUUAAUAUAGAUAAAUUAAAUGUACGUUCUCAACAAGCGUUACAUAUUAAAUUAUUUAAUUAUAUUAAAAAAAAAAAGAGAUUAGAAAUGAAUAACAUUUGCAAGAUUAAUAAUUUGUUAGGGCAACCAAUAGCUAUUUGUACAGUACGAGAAAAAAAGGGCAUCUAUAAAGAUGCAUAUAAAAAGAAUGAGCAAAAUAAAAAAAAAAAAAUGAAUUAUGUUAAUAAAAGAAGAUUAUUACAAACUAGUAAAAAUGAUAUAAAAAAUGAGCAAUUGCUAUACAAUAAUUCAACUAAUAGUAGCUCUAGCAUAGCAAAAGGUGGUAAAAAAAAUAAGGAAAAGUAUAACAAAUACAUAAAAAUUAAUAAAGAAAGUAUUAUGAAGGAAUAUAAAAGACAAAAUAAAAAAUUAGAAAAUUUCAAAAGUCAUAAUUAUUAUAUAUCUGAUUCUGAUUCCUUUAUAAGUAAAGAUACCUUAAAAUACCAUUGGAAAAUAAUAAGUAAUAAUGAAUCACUUGAUUUACCAACUCAUGAAAAUGGAAAAGUAAAGUUUUUUCUUAUUCGUUUUAGGCUACUUAAUUAUAUAUAUGAUAUUCCUUCUAAUCUUCUUAAUACUGAAAAAGAAAAUGAAGAUGUUCUAAGGUUAAUUAUUCCUGAAAGAAAACUACCAGCUAAUAUAAAUGAAAAAGUAGAACAAGAUAUAUAUAAUGAAGAAUUAUUAGAAAUGGAAAAUUAUUCAUCUCAUAGUAAUCCUAUUACUCUUUAUCCUACUAAUUAUAGCUUCAAUAAAUAUUCUACUAAUCAGGGUGAGGCAUGGUGCUCUUUUAAUAUUCCUCAACCACGUAAUCAUUUAUAUAUUUAUUUUAGAACAAGUAGUAGAAUUACCCAUGAAGAAAAACAAGAAUAUGAUUUUUUUAUAUCAUCUAUAGUGGCUAUUAAAAACAACACAGAUUUUCCUCUUUAUAUAUUUAAAUCUGUGCCAGGUAAUAUAAAUAGAACUAGUAUUUUCAAAGAAUAUUUUCAUAAAUAUAACACUAAACCAACUCCUCCACCUACUUAUACAUUAAAAAUUGAUAAAAAAAUAGAAAAAUUAAUUGAAUAUAAAAUGAGCAUGGGUAAUUUUUCAAAUGAAAAAAAAAAAAAGGAAAAUGAAAAUGAAAAUAAUGUAGAUAAAAAAAAAAUGUUUCAUAACAAUAAUUUUUUUAAUAGUAAUAAUGAUGAUAAAAUAAGAAAAAACAAUUUUACACAUAAUAAUUCUUACUUAUACAACAGAAAAAUGAUUAAAAAUAUAUUACCAUUAAUGAAAUUAUCAUCAGUUGAGCAUUACAUAUCAGGAGAUAUCAAAUUUAGCUCUUUGGCCCCUUUGAAAUAUAAAAAAAAGAAAAGAAAAAGCAGAUUAAAACAUGAAUUUCAAAAAAAAAUAAUAAAAAGGAAAAUUAAGGAAUUAUAUUUAAAGAGUGCUUUAGGUAAAACAAAACGAAAAAAAAUUGACAAGAGUGAAAAGUCUUAUAUAAGUAAUGAGAUGAAUGAAGAAUUAAAGCAUCCACAUAGCUCUUACAGAAAUAUGAUGUCUCUAAAUGAUCCUUUUUUUAGUUUUAUAAAAAAAUCACCUGCUUCUAUUUCUAAGAAAUUAUCCAAUGAUUCCUUACGCAUAACAGAUAUAUCAAACAUUAGCUUAUCCUCAUUAUCCAAUUCUUUCAUUUCCUUUGAUUCUAGUCCAAGUAAAUUUUCGUCAUAUGAUAAUUCUUUAUAUGAAUAUGAUAAAGAUAAUUUCGCAGAACAGGCUUUACUAAAUGAGUAUUUUAAAAAACAAGAAGAUAAAAACAUAUUAGAUCUUAUUGAGAUAUCUAACAACUGUAAUAAAUUAAUACCUAUACCUCUAUAUUGGCUCGUAGCUGAAAAUUCAUUUAUAUGGAUAUGCAUACAAAAUGAAAAAAUUCAUAAAACUGAUUUGUAUGACUUUUUAAAUGAUGAAAAUAAUGCCGAUUAUUUAUGUACUAAAAAUACAAUAGAUAAUAUAUUAAAUUAUAAAUCUCCAUUUUUAGCGGAAACUUCAAAACAUUUCAAACCACAUUUGAUAAGGUUAAAAAAUCAUUUAUUAAAAGAAAAUAAAGUUUUAAGGAAAGAUAAAAAAAACAACGAAAAUUUUAUUAAUAAUUAUAAUAUAAAUUAUAUGAACCUAAAAGAUCUUUAUUUUACUUCCUCUAUUAUUAGUGUAUAUAAUCCUAAUUACGUUCUAAAUAAAAAAGAUGCUCAUAAUUUUUUUCAAAUAAGCAUUGAACAUGUAUUGAUGAUUAAUAAUGGACUUCCAAAAACUAUAUUUUUAUAUUAUGAAAUUUUAAAAAAUGAUUCCAAAAAAAAAAAAAAAGGAAAGAAGAAUAGCGAUAAAAGUUUUACUUCAGCUGAUAAACAUAAUGUAUAUAAAACAGUAAUGUAUAAUUAUAAUUCCAGUUUGUCAGAAGAUUCUUGCAAUAGUGGUAAGGAUAAUAAUUUUUCUUCUUGGAAAGAAAAUAUCUUUGAUAAAGAGGAAAAUGAAAAUAAUAAUAGAAUGUUUUCUUAUGACAUAAAUGAAGAACAAAAUAUUAAAGAAAAUACACUUGAUAACAUAGAAGAGGUUUCAAAUAAUAAUAAUAACAAUAAUUUAAAUUUCUCUUAUGAGCAAAAGGAAAAGAUAGAAACUGAAAAAGAAAAGAAAAAAAACAAAAAUAGCAAAAAAAAAAUUACUUUGCUAAUAGAUAAAUUAAAUGAAGAUACAUUAAUAGAAAAAAAUAAAAAAAGUAAAUUAGUUGAUAACAGUGGUAAAAAGGUGAUAGAUGAUAAGCAGUUAUUAAUAAAAGAAGUGAACAAUGAUAGAAAUAUUUUUAUAUACAAAAAUAUGAAAAGAGAGAAUAACUUAGAUGAAAAGAAUUUUAAAAGUGAAACAGAUUUAGAACAGAUGAAUUUCAUAGUUAAUAUAAGGAAAGAAAAUAAUAAAUAUAUUUUUGAAAUAAAAAUUAAUCCUGGUCAAAGUAUAAAACUACCUUUUUUGCCUCAUAAUAUAAAUAUUUCUUUUGAUGGUUAUUAUUCGAAAAAUAUAUUAAUAAAUUAUCCUCACAAAAAAGGAAGAGAAAAAAUAAUAUUAGAAAAGGAAACCAAUAACGAUGUAAAUUCCUUUUUUACAUUUGAUUAUGAAGAAAAACAAGAACAUAGAAAUAUGGAAUCAAAAAAUUAUACGUAUUUUAAAAACUUUAGUAAUUAUGAUAAUAAUAACAGUACACUUAAUGCUAGCCAUAGACAUAAUGAUAGCUUAUGUAAAUCUAAUGAUUAUUUAAAUACUUCGUCUUUGUCUAAUGAUACAAAAAACAAUGUGAAUUAUGAAGAAUUAAACAAUCUACAAAAGAAAAAUGGCAAUAAUGUUUUAGAUAAAUGCGCAAAUUUUAAGACUUCCAAAUAUGAAGAAUUUCAAAAAAAGUUAACUAUAUGGGCAAUUUUUAAUGAAUUUUAUGAAACUGGAAAAAAUAGAUAUCAAGAUAUAUCACUAGAGAAAAUUUACCAUGGUACAUAUUCCGUCUCAUGCACCUUUUUUGCUUCAGCGUGUAUAAUAAAUAGAUUGAAUUAUCCUAUUAAAUUAAAAAGAUUAAAUAAUGAAAGUAUAAUUGUUAUUGAGCCGUAUGUCAGAAAAUUACUUCCAUGUGAAUUUGUUUUACGUAGAAACAAAGUUAUUAUAUCAUACGAAACAUUAAAAGAAAUAAAAAAUUGGAGUAAUUAUCCAUUGAAAAAAUAUAUGAUUAAAAAAGCAAAAUUGAGUAAAAACCGUAACGCUAUUAAAAAAAGUAAAGAAAUGCUUAUUAAUCCAUUAAAUAAAGAAUAUGCCAAUUGGACAAAAGAUUAUCCAUUUAAAAAAUUCUCAAAUGACGAUAAAAAAGAAGAUACACAAAAAACAGACAAUUAUAUAAAAAGAGAAAACAAUAAUAAUAAUAAAUGUAAUAAUAAUGAUAUAAAUAAUUACAACAAUAAUAAUUGUAUUAACAAUAAUAAUAAUAUUAAUAACAUUAAUAACAAUACAAAUAACAAUAACAGUAAUAAUAAUAAUGAUAAUAAUAAUAAUAAUAUAGAAAAAAUGAAAAUAAAAAAAGUUCAUUAUGAAAGGAAUAUCUUCAGUAGGAUAAAGAAAAAAAAAAAAAAAUGCUUUUUUUAUAGUAAUAAUGUAAAGAAACCUCUGGAAUCAGAAGAUUUUCGAAUAACUGAUCUAUCAAUUACAAGAUUAACAUGUUCUAAUAAAAAUAGUAGCAUUCCUCAAUUAAGAUAUAGUGUAUAUAUGUCUAUUGCACCUAUGCCUUUUUUUAGAACUACUGUAAUGGAAAUACUACCUUACAUAGUUAUUAUAAAUAAUACAAAAAUGAACAUAGUUUUUCAAGAAUAUGUAAAAAAUUAUACAUAUUUCAAAUAUAAUAAAUUAGAACCAGGAAAUUAUGUAGAAUUUCAUCCACAAUCAAAAAAGAAAGUUAUGUUAAGAAUGUGUGGCAUUUUUCAAAAUAGCUUUAAUUAUUUAAUAGAUGAUUAUUUACAGAAAGAAUUAUAUUUAGAAAGUUUAGAAAAAGAAAAUGAAAAUUCAUUGGAUGAUAUAAAAGAACAGAAUUAUAAUAAAAAUAAAAGUAAUACAAUAAGGAAUGAGAAAAGUGAUGAUGAUAAUAUUAAAAAUAAUGAUAUAUCAAAUAUAUCAAAGAAAUUAAGUGUUGUUAUUGGUUUAGAAAAAAGUAGUGACAUAAAUAUUCAUGCUUCAUCGAAAAAUUCUUCUAGUACCAACAAAGAAAAUUUUAAUAAGUAUGUUGCAGAUAAUAAAGAUUCCUUUAAAAGUAAUUCUAUAAAAAAAUUUAAAAAUAUGGAUGAAUUCAAAUUUCUGUAUUGGUCAGAAGUUUUAGAUUUAACAAGGGUUAGCAUGGUAUACUUUCGUCACCCAGUUGUAUCAAAUGAUAAUUUUAAAAAAGAAGAAAAAAAAUUAAGAAAGCUUAACUUUUUAUUAAAAAGGAAUGGCAAAAAUGAUAUUACAUAUUUAAAUAUUUAUAAUGAAUUAAUGAAGGAGAAAUAUAUACCAUAUGAAUAUAGUUGCUGUUCAAUGGAAAUAACAACAUUCAAAGGGUGUAAGUUUGUUCGUUUUCAGGAUAUUGACGUUGUUCCUUAUUAUUUACUUAAUUUAACGAGAUAUAAUAUUCGACUAAGACAGGUAGGUAUUUACGAACAUUCAGAAAUUUUACUUAAAAUUCCCAAAAAAAAAAAAAAAUCAUUUGAUGAUAUAUUUAAAAAUUAUGCAUUCAAUUUUUCCUUUUACAAUCCUUAUAAAGAUCCCAAAUUAAAGAUUAGCAUAUUAGCAAAUAAAAGAAAUGAAAAAAAUAAAAUGAAAAAAAAAAAAAAAGAAAAAAAUGGAAAAGAAAAAAGCAUAAAUAAUAAAUUUUCAAAUAUACAAAAGAUGAACUUAAGAAAUGAAUUAAAUUAUUUAAGUUUACUAGCAACAAAUUACAUAACAGCUAAUGAAGAUGCAAAGAUUAUUAACAAUAAAAUUUUUCAUCUGAAAAAGCUUUCUGAACAAAUUGACAGCCUCAAUGAUGAAAAUACAAAUGUAAUUGAUUUAAGAGAUGGAAAUAAUAUCAGUUUAUUAAAAUUAAAACGAGGAAAUGUAUUCAUUUAUAUAUUAUGCACUAAAAAAACAUAUAAUGGUAAAACCAUUUUUUCUUUUGAAAAUUAUGAUAAUUUAAUAAAUAGUAUUUUAAAUUUCAACAAUAUCUCUUUUAAUCAUAAAUGCAGUUAUAAUAUAUUAAAAUCAUUUAAUCUACUUAGUGGUAAAAUUAAAAGUGCAUAUGUAAAAAGUAGAUAUAUGAAACAAACAAAUAACAAAAAUAUAAAAAACAUAAAAAGAAAAAAGGAAAAUCAACACUUUUGGUAUUUACUGAAUUUAUUUAAAAAAAAAAAUACAUUAAGUUUUACUGAAAAAGAUACAAAAACUAGUAAUAUUAUUACUGAUUUAUUUCAGAAAAAAACUAUGAAUAAAGAUGAAAAAAAAAAAAUUAAUUUUAAUAUGAAUAUUUUUGCACACUUUAUUUUUAAGGGUAUAGGAAUAAGUAUAAAUAAUCAUAACUUAGAAGAAAUUUUAUAUUUUUCAAUGGAAUAUAUUCUAGUAGUUUAUAAACUAAUGAGUGAGAGAGACUUAUUUCAUAUAAAUGUUGGAUGGUUGCAAAUAGAUAAUCACACAAAAAAUACAGAUUAUCAAAACGUUUUAUUACCAAUUAUUGAUUUAAAAAAAAAAGAGUUAAAUAAUUCUACUAAUUGUGACAAAAAAAUUAUGGAAUUUAACAGUGGUACGCUAAGAAAAAUGACUAAAGACAGUACACUGUGUAAAAAUAUGCAUUAUAAUUCAAAUGAAACUUUCUCAUAUUAUAUUAGAGAUAGUGAUAAUUAUUCAAAAAUAAACUCACUCAAUAUAUUAAAUUCCUUAUGUUCUAGAAGGAAAAGUUCAUAUGAUUCAUAUAUUGAAAAAGAUCUUUUAAUUAGUACUAAUAGAAAUAACCCUUUGUAUAAUUCCUACAAAUUGUUUAUUCCACGAUUUUUUUAUUCAGAAUAUAAUUCUGUAUUUAGUAUUACUAUAAUUAAACAGAAAAGAGGAAAUAUGAAAAAUUUCCUGGAAUUAUCAGAAGUGAAUAUUAAAAUUUCUCCUAUGAGCUUAAAUAUUGAUUCAUAUUUUAUUAUUGAAAUAUUAAAGAUAAUUGAUGAACUUUUAAAAAUUCUAGAAUUUGAUUUAAGUAAUUAUAAUUCUCUUAAUUUAGAAAAAAAUAUAGAGUUAAAAGACAAUGAUUUUGACAGCUUAGAAUAUAAAAAAGAUUUAGGACCUCUAGAUGGGUUAAUAAAGCAUUAUAUAUUAAAAGAUUAUUAUUUAUAUGAGCAAAUAUCCAAUUUUAAGUUUAGUUUAAAUUGCAAUUUAGAUAAAAGUAGUGAUAAUAUAUUUGGUUCCAAUAAUUUAUUUAAUAAAAGUAACGAAGAUAUAGUGGAUUUAAAAAAGUAUAUUACUUUAAUAAGUGAAUAUAAAGACAUAGACAAAAAAAAAUCUCGAUUUACCAAUCAACAUAAUAAAGAAAGAGCGCAUUUAAAUAAUAUUAUAAAUCAGUUACAUGGAAAUAAUGAAAACAAUAAUUUUCCCAAUGAUGAUAUAAGUAAUUAUUUUAUUAACAGAAACCCUAAUAAUUAUCCUAGCAAUACUAAUGAUUAUUUGGAAGAAGGCAAGGAGUAUUUUUAUUCUGUUAAAAAUGAUACACCGUUAUAUAUUAGAAGUAUGGAAAAUGAAGAUAAAACUAUUAAAAAGGAAGAAAAAAUUAUAUCAUUAAAAAAGAAGAGAGAAGAAUCAUACAAUUAUAGUAAAUAUUAUUCUGAUAUAUGCAGUGAAGAUAAAUUACAGUAUUUACAUAAAUGUGAAAAAAUUUACAAAAAUUCAUUAAAUAAUAGAAAAAAAAUUUUAAAAAGAAUACAAAAUAUAAAUAUGAAAAAUAAUUUAAUUAGCCUUGAUAAAAUUUUUAUAUCUAAGUUAGAAAUUAAUGAAAUUAAGUUAAUAAUAAAUGUAAAAAAUAGAAGUUUAAGUUAUGAUAAAAAAAGUCAAAUAAUGGAAUCAAAUGUUAUGAAUGCAUUAGUUGUUCUCAUUAUGAAUAUUCCAAAUAUUAGUGAUGCACACAUACAUUUUGAUAAAGAAGUAAAAAAAAAUAUAUGUGGCUCUUUAUAUGUAUUAAUAUUUGAUGAAAUUAUGAAUGAUUAUAUAAAUCCAGGAAUGAAUCAAAUGUUUAAUGUUUUAGGUGCUGUUGACUUUAUUGGAAAUCCAUUAAUAAUAUAUAAGCAUUGGAAAAAGGGUUAUACUACUUGUAUUGAAGAUUUAAAAAAAAGUGUUGAUUCUUGUUCUUUUCCUUUGUUAUUUUGUAUUUUGCUAUUAAAUACUUUGGGAAAGUUUGGAAAAAGUUUGUUAUCAGGAAUACUCGAUAGUGCUAGUAGAUUGUGUGGUAGUUGGAGUAUAUGCUUUGAAAGAUUUUCAAGAAAUGCAGAUAACUACAGCAUUUUUACAAAUAGCAAUUUUUUACAAAAUGAAAUUUUAGAUCAACCGUCAAAUUGUGCUGAAGGAAUUUGUUAUGGAUGCCAAUCAUUUUUAAAUAUUAUUACUAUUAGCUGUGCUAAUACCUUUUAUAAACCUUUUAUCGCUAUAAAAAAAAGUAAAGAUGUUCGAAAAAAUGAAAAAAAUAGAUUUAAAAUAUUCCUUUCUAUGUUAAAAGUUCUAUCUUAUGGGUUAUUUAGUGGUUUUAGUAGUUUUUUCUUUGGAGUUUUUAAUAGCAUUUUUUCUUUUUUCACUUUUUUAUUUAUUGGUACUUUAAACCAAAUACAAACAUUAGCUAUGAAAUCUGUUGUUAGGCCAAAAAAAAUGAGCGUAAUUAAAGAAUAUGCAAAAUUUGUUGAUUAUGAAUAUCCUUUAUCAUUUUCUUAUCAUGUCAUUAAUGAAAAAAAAAGAAAGAAAGAACUUUUAAAAAAAAAUAUUGUAGCUAUUAUUCUUUUAUAUACUAUAAAAGAAAAUAUUCCUAGUAAUAUAAAAAGUUUCUUAUGGAUUAGCAAUAAGGAACUAGGGUAUUGUCAAAAGAAUAAACUAUUGUGGUGCUUAUCUAUUAAUUGCAUUAUGAAAGUAGACAUCUUAUUGAUUCAAAUGGAUAAUGGCCAAACAAAAAACAUUUCAACUAUAAGUCAUAAUAAAAAUAAAAUUAAUGAUAAAAAUUCUAAUUUAUAUACUAAUAAUAAUAUAAAUGAAAAGAAAAAUAAUAAAAGUAAAACAAAAUGGAAAAUUAAAAAUAUUUUUAAUCCACAAAAUUUUAGGCAAUUUGGAGAUUUCAAGUCUUCAUAUUAUAUUAGAAUACUGUAUCGAUCAUUGUAUAAAAUAAAACAAACAAAUGGAAAAAACAAGGUUAAUAAUUUUUUAUUACAUAAAAAAAAUAAAUCCUAUAACAAAAUGAAACAAAUUUUAAGAAAAAAUACAUACGAAAAAUAUUUCGAAAAAGAUUUCAGAGAAGAGCAGUUAUCUUAUGACAAGUAUAAAAAUUCUAGAUUAGAUAAAAUGAAUAAUAAUGAUGAUAAAAUAAAUUGCGAAUUAAAAAAUAAUAUUCAAAAAACAGAAAGAUACUAUUUAAAUAGCCAAAGCGAUAAUCCAAGAGAUAUGACAAAAAUAGAGAAGUCUAAUGAAUAUAUUUUACAGAAUGAUGAAAAAAACAAAAAAAGGGAAAGCAAAAAGAGUGAUAAACAUCAAUACCAUCAAAAAGAUAUAAAAAUUAAUGAACAAACAAGAAAUAUAAAUAAAUUAAAAAGUAGGAAAACUAAUUUACAUAAAAAUUAUUUACACAAGAAAAAAAAAUAUAUAUAUAUAUCUAAAUUAGUCAAAUGUGAAUCUAAAGAAGUUGCUCUUCACGCUUUUUCUCUUCUUUUAUCAUUUCUUGUGCAUAAAUCUCCUUAUUAUUUAAAAACUGUUAAUUAG